AUGGAAAAGUGGCCUACAACAGAUAAUAAACAGAGAUUCUCCGUGAGACAAUUCUCAGUGAGACAAAGCUUACAAAAUUUGCGUAGACGCACUGGAAUGUUCAAUUCAACAUCCGCUUUCUCCUCGAGAUCUUCCUUGUCUUCUUCCUCCUUAUCUUCCUCCUCCUUUUCUAAUUCUAAUCCAAAAACCCCAUCGAAAAAGAAAGAGAUCCCAUCUUUUAAACCAACAAACACAACCAUCUCCUCCACCUUCUCUCCUAAUAAAAACAACGGCAAGAUCAAUAACAGCGGUGACUUAAAGAAUAACAUAAAGAAUAACAGCGGCGACAUAAAAAAUAGCAGCAACGUGAAGAAUAACUGUUACAGAAAGAAUAACAAUAAAAAUUCAUUUAUAUCACAUCAUAAACAUAGCGAAAGUUUCCAAAGUUUUAACACGACAAGUACAUCAAGUAGCAUUUACAGCACAAUCAGCACAAACGCAUCAAUAAUAUCUUCAAAAUCAAGUAAAACGAAUGCAUUACGUUACGAAUCUCGCAACUUGCCAAGUCUCGAAGAUUUAAAGCUUUUCUAUCAUGGAUAUCCAAAGCAAAAAUUAAUAAUUGAGGCUGCUACAGUUCUACUGCGAAUUGAGCAUGGCGAAUGGGUGAGUGAUGUGGAAAGAUACUUGAUUCGUGCAACCCUCGCAGCGGAGAUUCGACGAUAUUGCGAGCCUGGAAGUUUGGAGUUUUUAACAUGGCAGGUGUUGGUGGAUCUUUGGAAUAGAAUUCCUGUAUAA